AGGAGAUCAUAAGAGGUCUGGGUGUGGGAACAUGUCGUCUGGAAGCAAGCCGCCGCCUGCCAACGAAGCCCACAGAGGUAGAAACGAAGGACAAAGCCACAUGCAUCGUCAAGUUGAACACGCCGAUAUGUCAGGGCAUGGAAAUCGAGACCAGCAACGUAGUCAUGACCCCUAUUUUUCACUAGCCAUGGAGCAUAUGCAGAAAAAGAUUCUAGACCCUGAGUGGAGGAACUCAAUAUUUCAGCGUUCGUCAUCCUCAGCCUCUCAUCCCUCCAUCCACGAAAUCAAUAUCCACAAUCGCUUUGCUAGAAGUAUUGCGCGGCUGAAUAAGCUCAACUCGCGUGAGCCUAAUCCGUGGACGGUGAGAGGUACCAUUGCACCGUGUGGCCAUAUUGCCCUGUCGCCGGACCGCUGCUUUUCCUGUGAGAUGAUCGCCGAAUUACCAACGCCAGGGUUAUCGAAAGAUUGGCCUGUUGAAAAGUGAACUGAUCUAACACUCCCGUUGUCGUGGGGUUUGUCAUUGUGGAAGACUUGGUUUUCGCACCGGGCAAUACAUUUGGAAAUGAUGUGCUUUGCUGGAUUUUCUC